CCUCGCUCCUUUGUCCCCCAUUCCUGGCCGCUGGCCGGUUCCCCGGUUCCCCUGCCUCGCGGUCCUCCUGUUCCCGGUGCUGUCGGAAAUUGUCGGAAUCAUUCGCGUCGUUCACAUGAAUCACCAAAAAAACUUCUUGGGAAUCUUUAAUGGUAUAUUAUGAGUUCUGAGGCAUUAGACAAGAAGAUUUUAUCUGUAUUGGACACGAAGAGUAGUGUUGAUACUUUGGAACUAGCAAACGAAUGGAAACUCGAUCAUCAAGCUGUUGUCGGUGCUGUCAAAAGUCUCCAAGUUUUGGAUGAAGUAGUCCAGGUGGAACAAAAGGAGUCUAAAAGCUUUAAACUAUCUGCAGAAGGUGAAGGUGUUGCUAAGAAUGGAAGUCAUGAAGCUGUUGUAUUUGCUCAUGUUCCUAAAGAUGAAGGAAUUCCACAAAAAGAACUUAUAAGUUUAUUUCCUUCUGCUAAAGUUGGUUUUAAUAAAGCAAUGGCAAAAGGAUGGUUGUCAAUGGAUAAGAAAGCUGAUGGAGGUCCAAGAGUUAUGAGAAAGGUAGUAGAAAUCACAGAUGAUGUAAAAUGUGAUCUUAAUAAAAUAAAAGAUGGACAUUUAGAAGACAUUAGUGAUGCAUUACUUAAAGAUUACCAGAAAAGAAAGCUUGUUGAGACCAUAUUGAUAAAGAAGUAUUUGGUGAAAAAGGGAGCAAACUUCAGUACAACAGCAAGUAAAUUGGCAGCAGAUUUAACAACAGAUUUGUUGACAAGCAACGAAUGGAAGACAGUAAAGUUCAAAGAGUAUAAUUUUGAUGCUCAAGGAAUUCCACCAAGUGGUGGAUAUAUGCAUCCGUUGAUGAAAGUUCGAGCUCAAUUCAGGCAGAUAUUCUUAGAAAUGGGUUUCACAGAGAUGCCUACCAACAAUUUCAUUGAAAGUUCAUUUUGGAAUUUUGAUUCCUUGUUCCAGCCACAGCAGCAUCCAGCAAGAGAUGCACAUGAUACUUUCUUCAUAGCAAAUCCAAAAUAUGCCAAGUUAGAAGAUAUUCCUCCAAAGUAUAUUGAAGCUGUGAAGGCUGUGCAUCAGCAUGGAGGAUAUGGUUCACAAGGUUAUCAGUAUGACUGGAAAUUAGAAGAAGCGAAAAAGAACAUACUGAGAACGCAUACAACGGCUGUUAGUUCAAGAAUGCUCUACAAACUUGCUAAAACGAAAAACAUCCCAGCAAGAUAUUUCUCAAUUGACCGUGUGUUCCGAAAUGAAACUCUCGACGCGACGCAUUUGGCUGAAUUUCAUCAAAUCGAAGGAUUGGUCGCUGAUUAUAACCUGACAUUAGGAGACCUUAUUGGUGUUUUGCAUGCAUUCUUUAAGAAGUUGGGAAUGCAUAAACUACGUUUUAAACCAGCAUAUAAUCCCUAUACGGAGCCAAGCAUGGAAAUAUUUGGAUAUCAUGAAGGUUUGGGGAAAUGGGUUGAAGUGGGGAAUUCUGGUGUAUUCCGGCCAGAAAUGUUACUACCAAUGGGACUUCCAGAAAACCUAUCUGUUAUCGCGUGGGGUUUAUCUCUUGAAAGACCAACGAUGAUAAAGUACGGCUUAUCAAAUAUUCGAGAUCUUUUUGGACAUAAAGUUGAUCUAGAAAUGGUCAAACGAAAUCCCAUCUGCAGAUUAGAUUCGUAAUUCAAGGGGACUAUUA